CGCACAGGGGAAGGAAAUACCGUGCUUUUGGUGAAAGAUUGUUCCUCUGGAUACAAAAUGGAUGAUCUAGCAAACUUAGUGUUUCCUGGUCAGCAAGUUGCUGUGACGUGGGAUGGCAGUUCCUCCACAGAAGCUCUGAAGGAGUUUGUAUCAAAGUUGCAGGAGGUAGUGGCACCACGGGGCAAGGUCUCUGUUGAGAACAUAGAGCGACUGCUGCUUUCUGCUCACGCUGAUUCAAGUUUUGAUGCCAUUCUGCUUGGUAUGGUCCAAGGAACUCAGUGCAUACACAGCUCUGAAGUACUUGCAGAGGUUGCCCGAAUCUUGAAGCCUGGUGGGGCACUGAUCAUACAAGAGCCAGUGGCAGCCGGAGCUGGGGCUCAGCUCAGGACUCCAGAACACCUCUCCUCUGUGCUUAAACUAUCUGGAUUAACUGAAGUUACACAGCUGCUGCAAGAGCCCCUAAACCCUGAACAGAAGCAAGGAGUUGUUGAGCUGCUAGGAUACAAUGGGAAUGAUGUUAGCACUAUCAGAAUAAGGGCAAAGAAACCCAACUAUGAGGUGGGAUCUUCUCGGCAACUGUCACUCCCUAAACGCAAAACAGCAGAAAAACCAUCUGUGGAUCCAGCUGCUGCAAAACUCUGGACUCUGUCAGCUAGUGACAUGAAUGAUGAUGAUGUGGAUAUUUUAGACUCGGACGAGCUUCUAGACCAAGAGGACCUGAAGAAACCUGCCCCAUCUUCUCUGCUUGCCAGCGGAUGUGGGGAAGGAAGUGAUAAGAAGCGGAAAGCCUGCAAGAACUGCACUUGUGGAUUAGCAGAAGAGCUGGAAGCAGAAAAGACUCCAAGCACUGUCCCAAAAGCCGCACCAUCGGCAUGUGGUAAUUGUUACCUAGGCGAUGCUUUCCGCUGUGCUAGUUGUCCAUAUCUUGGAAUGCCAGCAUUUAAACCAGGAGAGAAGGUGUUAUUGAAUCCUACAAAACUGCAAGAUGCCUAGUCCCGAAAUGUCUGCCUUAGAACUUUUUCCUAUGUACAUUUUUUGUAGAAUACUACGUUUGUUAAAAUUAUUAAAGGCAGUUACGAACUUGUUUUAGAUUUUUAAAGCAUUCAAGAUGAUAGGAUAGUUAAUUGUCUUCAACAAAUAUACAAUGCUACAUAGAACAUAUUGAUGGUAAUUGUAGUAGGGCUUUAUCAAGUGUGCCUUGGACAGUGCAGUUCUCAGUACACUGAUUAUAUAAUGGUAAUGUGUUUGGGCUCCACUGAGAACCCCAAGAUGAUUCCUAGUGGCAAAUAGUUGCAUUAUCAAAGACAUAGUCCUGCUACAUAUCAAAUAUAUAUAUGAUAUGUAGCAGGACUAUAUCUUUUGGACAACUUGACCACAUCUGGCUCCAGCCUCGGCUAUGGCAUUGUUUUGUGAACAUUUAAUAUAAUAAAACUAAGAUACAAAAUUUUCCAGAUAAAGUAUGUCAAAUGUGUAACAACAGUGUGGCAUACCACUCUGUAUAAUGCAGAUUAAAGUGUUAUAAAUAUUCUAAAAUAAA